UCACGGCCUGAGGAGUAGGACCAUGCUCCACCUCUGGCCAUCUGCCAGACACAGAGAGAGAGAGGAGGAGUGUUGUACACACAGUGCUCUUUCGGGAAUGCAUUACCUCCCUUUCUACUUCCUAGAUAGUGACAGAGAGACAAAGAUAGCGUAAACAGACACCAUUUUUAACUGAGAAUCGCUGAACAACCUACGACACACACCUACGGACAUACUCAUUAUACAAACAUGCAGUUGAGGAUUCCUUGAGUCUGUCACCACCUCUGCCUCCUCUGUGACUCUUGGUCAUGGCUGUAGUCGUUUGGGGAGUCACUGUGCUGUGGGUGAGGAACUCUGCAGUACCACAGUGGAAUACAGGCAUGUCUCUGGGGCUGGACAAAGACGCACCAGGCAAUGUGUUCUUCUAAUCCUGGACACUUGAACUUAACAGUUGAACUCACAAACCAGGGACUCUGAAUCAUUUUUCAGCUGCAGSAUUUUUCCUUGGAAAAUAGUCUACUUUGAAAAUGUCUAAAAGUCAGAUUCAUCUCAAUGCUCCACUGGUGACAGUGGGACCAUGGAGGAGACCCAGCGAAACCACAGGUUUAUUUGAAAUGAUUGAGAAGAUGCAGGGCAACAGAAUGGAUGAGCAGCGAUACACCUUUCCUCCCCCACUCAAAACUGAAGAGGACUACAUUCCUUACCCCAGUGUCCAUGAGGUGUUGGGGAGAAAGAGCGGGUUCCCCCUGAUUCUGCUGCCUCAGUUUGGGGGUUACUGGAUCGAGGGCAACAACCAUGAGCUUGGUGACAGUGCUGAGCCAGACCAGAUCCAGCCUCUGUCCCCCACCACACACAAGCUGGAGAGUAACUCCACCGCCAAGAUGUACAGGAAGCACUUUCUGGGCAAGGAGCACUUGAAUUACUACUCAGUGGACGGAGCUCUGGGACAUCUGGUGUUGUCCAUGAAGUAUGAGGAGAUCGGAGACCAGGAAGACCUCCGCCUCAUGCUCAGGACCAAACUGGAGACAUACCAUGAUGUUAUCCCCAUAUCCUGUCUCACAGAGUUCCCUAACGUGGUGCAGAUGGCCAAGCUUGUCUGUGAAGAGGUGAAUGUGGAUCGUUUUUACCCUGUCCUCUACCCAAAAGCUUCAAGACUCAUUGUCAAUUUUGAUGAACACAUUAUAAGCAGCAACUUCAAGUUCGGAGUCAUCUACCAGAAAUUUGGACAGACAUCAGAAGAAGAGCUGUUUGGAAACAGUGUUGAGAGUCCUGCCUUUGUUGAAUUCCUAGAGUUUCUGGGGGAGAAGGUCGAGCUGCAUGACUUCAAAGGGUUUCGUGGUGGGUUGGAUGUGACCCACGGGCAGACAGGAUCUGAGUCCGUCUACCACAACUACCGCAACAAGGAGGUCAUGUUUCAUGUGUCCACCAAGCUGCCUUACACUGAGGGGGACACACAACAGUUGCAGAGGAAGAGGCACAUAGGGAAUGACAUCGUGGCCAUAGUGUUCCAGGAGGAGAGCACUCCCUUCGUACCAGAUAUGAUUGCCUCCAACUUCCUCCAUUCCUACGUAGUGGUGCAGGUGGAGAACGGCUGCACUGAUGAUGUACUGUACAAGGUGUCAGUGACGGCGAGAAAUGACGUACCUUUCUUUGGACCYCCCCUGCCAGACCCGGCCGUCUUUAGAAAAGGUCCAGAAUUCCAGGAGUUCCUCUUCACGAAGCUCAUCAAUGCUGAGUAUGCCUGCUAUAAAGCUGAGAAAUUUGCCAAACUGAAGGAGCGUACACGGUCAGCCUUACUGGAGACAUUGUAUGAGGACUUGCACAUCAACAGCCAGGCCAUGAUGGGUCUGGGAAGAGACGAGGACAAGAUGGAAAACGGGUCCGGAGGAGGAGGGGGCUUCUUUGAGACCUUUAAGUCAUUGCUUGUCCCAGGGAAAAGUCCCAGUAAACAUGGACGUCGAGGCAGUGCCAUAGGGAUAGGAACAGUAGAAGAGUCUUUGAUCAUCCCUGGGAAGAGUCCAACCAGGAAAAAGUCUGGUCCCUUUAUCUCCAGACGCAGCAGUGCCAUCGGUAUUGAGAAUAUCCAGGAAGUCCACCAGAAAAUCAGCAGCCACAGCGGUAGGGAGUGUUUACCUGGCACACAGAAGACCCCUGACAGUGACCAUGCCUCUCAGGACCCCAAGUCUGAGAACUCCUCCAGUCAAAGCUCACCAGAAGUGCUCAUUACAAAGAACAUUUUUGCUCUUUGUAACAACAGGGCUCAGUCUAUCCCUGAGGGUCACGACCUUUCCCGCUCCUCCUCCAAUGACAGCAGCUUCGCCAGUGUGGUGGAGGAGAACGAGACAGAGGCCACGGAGGACUAUGACACUGGCAUGGAGAGCCUGUCAUCAUCGGGGACGCCGCACAAGCAGGACUCGUUAACCUACAGCACAUGGCUAGAGGACAGUAUGAGCAGCACAAGCACCACCAGCCGAGGCAGCUCGCCAGGUCCUGGUCAACUUGAUGGGGGUAAAGGGUCAGAGAUCCGCAUUAAACUGGACCGGCCAAAAGAUAGUCAGUCCUCAUCGCAUUCCCAUAAGACACCAUCCUUCUGGGAGAUGAGACGAGCACAGGCUUUCGCCGUAACCAAGGACGACGAUGAGGAUGAGGAGGUGGACCCUGGAUAGUCUGCUGGUCAGUGAGGCCAGACCACCCCUUCCCAGAAGCCCCGGCGGUGUGGUUGGUGGUGGCGUCUCAUACCAGGAGAGGAAGUCAAACACAGAGGGGCCAACUUUUGYACAGUGUCGUGUCGUUCUGCUCACUCCCUCGCCUCUCUGUCUGUAUACACAUCUUCYGCCUGGUUUUGUGUAAAUAGGUUUAUUUGUCUCAGUGAACAAAUGGUACCUUUGGUUCAGUUUUGUUGACGCCUACUGUAUGUAGACACGUGGAUCACACGGUAGCUACAGCGACAUUGAACUCUGCCAGAGACUUUGGGAGGGGCAUGUUGGUAUAGUCACAUGGAUUGUACAGUAUAGUGACAGUAGCACUGCCUGAAAAAAUCUAUUAAUUGAACCGAUUUCAUUCCAAAUACCAAAUAUCCAACAACAAAUAUGUGUGAUUUUUGAAUUGUAGGUUAUGUUGAAUACAGUUGAAUGUGUUAGUGAUUUUACAGGUAAAGUGAUUGUAAUUUGUCUAUUAGCCAUAGCUUUAACUGUACAGCCAAACAGUUGCUUUGACAGUGAAUAUUUUCUUCUCAAUAUACAAUAGCUGGGAUAUUGUCGUCACAAUAUACAAUGUACUUCAAGCCUCACCUGCUCAUACUGUAAAUGAAAAUGAAGAUAGAUAUGUAACAAGAAAGAAUGGACAUAGCCUUAAACCUUUCAAACACAGUUUUUCUAUACCUUCAUUAUUCAUUUCUACAAUUAUCAACAUGGCCAGAAGCAGCCAGUAAUUGGACAAUGCGUGGUUUCAGAUUACAUGUAUAUGGGGAAGUUCUGUUUUAUGUUCCACACUGUUUUUGCACACAGGAUGCUCAUUGCUAACUGGUACCUAUUUAUUAUUGUGAACCACCAUACAUUUGUAUCAUUGUAAGCUAACAGGCAAUUUUAGCUUUGUUCUUUCUGUCCUCAGAAACAGCUCUCUGUUAUGUUGUGUAUCAAGCAGGUUACUGAGGUCAGGUAUGUAGAAAUGUGUUGAUGACUACAAGGGUAAUUSAUAACUGUAUUUGAUAAUCUACUGUUUUAGUCCAUCCAAUCAGCUUGUCUGCCGAUCUACAGUACUCUACAUAACAAAUCCUGCAGCUUAAGUGUUGCCAUCAGUACCGUCGAAGAAAAACAUGUUUGUAUUUAUUUAUUUGGUUUUAUUUGGGGAUGAGAUGGGGCACCACUGUUUGCCUAUUAUUAUACAGUAUAUUUCACUGUUUUAUAAAAAUUCUUAGGCUGUUGAUAGAUUGAUAAUGUACAGAGAUGAAUACUUCAGUUUGUGCCUGUUAUAUAGAGUAUAGUCCUACCCACCAUAGAACCUCAGAUGACACUACAUGCCAGAUCUACUGUAGCCCAACAAUUACAUUUCUUUAAGUGGAAAUCAUGAUUGUGUCAUACAGUUAGUUAUACAUUAUACAUACAACCCUGUUUAUUCUAUUGAGUACGGCCACAUUUUCACAUUGUGUGCCAUGUUUUUAUUACUGGUGCCCUUAGCUUUCAUGUACAAUUUGAAAAUAAGUUUUAAAAUAAACAAAAACUAGCCCACACUGUCUGCUCAAUAAAAGGUAAAAAGCAAACUAUAAAGUAACUUGUGGUUGCCUUAUGUGUGAAAAAUGGCAACAUAGAACAAAAAAGGCUGAAUGUAGAACAGGCAUUGAUUGAACAGAUACUGUAUAUGUCUAUCUAACUAAAAUUGCCCUGAUAGCUUUUAUAUUCAAUUGCCUUUUGGAUAUUAUUUCAUUCUUAUAUCUAUAGUUUGUGAAUAAUGCUACUGUACACAUUCACCUCUUGCCCUAGAUCCCUGUUUAGAGAUGACUUAAAGAACGAUGCAAUUCAUCAUUUGGUAUUUCCUCCCAAGGUUUAUCCUAACUACAACAGGCUUCCACAAGCCAUCAUAACACUUGUGACAGUUAAACAAUAAAUCGUGUGUAGCCUACUGUA